AUGACCCUGGCCGCGCCCGCCCGCUUCCCCCGUGCGCGCUCGCCGCGCUCAUGGCCGCGCCCUGAACGCCCCCGGCCAUGCACGCCGCUCCCUGGACGCGCCCAGGCGCGCGCCCGCCGGCCCCCGCGCCUCUGCCCGCUCCCGCCCGAGCCCACCGAUGGCUGCGCCGCCUGCUCGCGUUGCCGCCGCGCUCUGCCCAGCUGCCGCUGCUCGCGCCAUCGCGCCCGCCUCCGCUCGCCACUGCUGUUGCUGCACUGCUCCGCCCGCGCGGGCACGUCCCCCGCAUCGCCGCGCGCUCUGCUCCCCCCUGUCGCGUGCCCCGACCGCGUCGACCGCGCACGCGCGCCGCGUGUGGCCACACCCCCUGCUCCUCGACGCUGGUCGCCCGCGGAUCCUCCCCGCCCCUGGAGCCCCUCGUUAGCCGCUUGGUCGCUCCCUCGUCGGCCACCUCCGCCCCGCCACUGCCAAUCGUCGGCAUCACCCUUCGUCGGCGCCGUCCGCCACUUCCGGCCCCCGUACGCGGCCCCCUGCUUCCCCGUCGCCUAG